AUGGCCGACGAUCCCAUAGGACUAGUUAAAGGAUUCUCAGGUAGCGCUGGCACUAUUGUGGGGUGCGAGUUCGUAGAAUACAUUAACAAGGGAAGUCAGGAGAAUCCCAAUCAGAAAACUUUGUUGGCCAGGUCGGAUCGACCAGCGGACAUACUGUACAAGCAGAUAGGUCGCCUACCGCCCAUCUAUAUGAUAGCCAAGGGCCUAUAUUAUCGGACAUUCCAUCCGCGACUGGACCUGCAUAGCACCUCCUCAAAAAUGACAAUUUGGCAGGCGCUAGUAAUACAGCGCCUCAGGCUUUAUCUUUCGAACGGGCUCCCGUCCUCAUUGGAUGCCCCAUUUAUAGGAUCCGCACAGUCGAUGACCCAUGGCCUUGUAAAUGCAACUUCUCUGACCGGUACCAGUGCUUGGUGCGACUCUCCCGUGCUGAUAGCCACAACACUGAAAGAAGACUCCUUGCAAAAUGACCAUGUGCAUCCAAACAGCAAAUCAAAGCUUCAGGAGGUAGUGAACAGCAUCAAUAUUUGUGACUUCUCUGUCAAAUACAUGAAUGGAAUUUUUAAAAUAUUUUUCCAGGCCCUAGCAAUUCGAAACUACAGCCUGUCAUCUACCGACCCGGAGCUGCAGGAGCAAGCUGAAGAUGUAUGA